AUGAAGCGUUUGAUGCUCAUCGAAGAUAUUAUGGCUCAUAAGAUUAAGGAAGCUAAUAAAGGAAAAGAAAAGAAGGAAGAGAAACAUGAUGAAGAAGAGGACAAGGAGUAA